GGGUAAAAGGGAGGCAGUAAAAAAGACAAUCGUCUGUAGUUCAGCCUUUCUCACACAUACUCAUGCAGUCCAUGCUAUUAGAUAAGGACAAGUCAGAACUGAAUUGCAUUUUAGUUGCUGUAUGAUAACACGGGCGACGUGGAGAAUCCUGUAGGCUUGCAGGGGCGCGCGUCUCUCCACACCAUGGAUCAUAUGGGAGCGCAUCUCCACCAGACACACGCAGACACCAUCAGUUUUGGGAUUGAUCAGAUUCUUAACAAUGGAGACCAGGGGAGCUGCAUGAUCUCCAACCCCAGAAUGCAGGACCUGGACUACGGUUUGGGGUGCAUAGUCAGCACAGCCUACAAUACCAUGACUGGCAACUACAAUGUCAAUAACUCGGCUGGAUACAAUGGAAACUCGUGCAGCGUUGGCUCGCUCGGCGGCUCGUACAACAUGAACUUGGGCUCGAAUGUUAAUGGGAAUUGCCUUAAUUCUUCGGGAGUGAUCCGGGUGCCAGCGCACCGACCGCUGAGCAGCCUUCACUCAUCCAUUCCCACUAGCGGUGCCACGGUGCCAAGUAUGGGAAGCAUGGGCACCAUUAACAAUCUCACGGGAUUAACGUUUCCAUGGAUGGAGAGUAACCGGAGAUAUACCAAAGACAGAUUUACAGUGGCCCUCUCACCGUUCACUGUAACACGCCGUAUAGGUCACCCGUACCAGAACCGGACCCCUCCGAAGAAGAAGAAGCCCAGGACGUCGUUCACGCGCCUCCAGAUCUGUGAGCUGGAGAAACGCUUCCACCGUCAAAAGUAUCUGGCGUCAGCCGAGAGAGCAGCCUUAGCGAAAGCACUUAAAAUGACUGAUGCGCAGGUCAAAACAUGGUUCCAGAACAGAAGAACGAAAUGGAGGAGGCAGACAGCAGAAGAAAGAGAAGCCGAGCGACAACAAGCGAACCGAAUCCUUAUGCAACUUCAACAAGAAGCAUUUCAAAAGACUAUAAACCAACCUGUUACUCCGGACCCAAUCUGCCUUCACAACAGCUCUCUAUUCGCACUUCAGAACCUCCAGCCCUGGACUGAGAACACGGCGAAAAUCAGCAGCGUUCCCAACAGUGAUUGAGUUGAGGAUCUUUUUUAUAGACGUGCGAUGGAAAGGGAAAUUGGCCAACAUUAUAUUAAUAUCUCCUUUAUUUUCGUAACAUUACUAUUUUAUUUGUAACUUGUAAUAUGCAAAUGAAAAGCUCAAUAAAUACUUGAUUUUCAUUACAGUCGAGUAGAAUAAUACGUGCCAUUGACACUUUUAAAGAUUUGAUCGAUUUCAUUCUUGUUAUUUCGAUUUCAAAAUGCAACGAACAAAUUGUACGCCAACCGUAAUUUUAUCUUUAUAGCCUACAGUUUAUGGUAACACUUAUAAUAACUUUCAUUAACAAGUCAUUAUUAAAUAGACAUAUAUUUCAUACUUAACAGUUCAGUGAAGACGUAGCCUAGCCAACAAUCACAUUUUAACAAACCUGAAAAUAUAUUAAUCAAAGUUUCAUUCUAUCUGUAUGUUAUUCUAGGCUAAUGUAGCUGUAUAGAUUAUUAACUGAUGAUCUGAUAAUAAUUAACUGAUGAUCUGUUAAGGAUUGUAACCUAUUGUUUGUUAUAAACAAAGUUAUUACAAAGUGUUGCCCAAUUUUUCGAUGUCGUUUGUUUUCAUAAUCGCAAAUCAAUGCUGCGUAUAGGCUAACAUGGAGGAAUUGCAUUUUUGCACGUUUGUUAAUUAGCAUUUUGUGAACAAAUUCGUUGUGUGGAUUAAAAAUACAGAAAAUGACGUGCAUAAUCGGCUUUCAUUCUCUAUAUUUGUGAUAAAUGAGGAGUAUAAUGACUAAAGCACUUGUUAGGGCUAUGCAGAAAUGGGAAAUUGUUGCGGAAAAAUCGUUGUCAAAUGUGUCAUUCUUUUAAAAUUAUUUGUGAUUUUUUUUUUUUUUCAGGAUAGUUUGUCUUUUAUAUAUUUUCACUUGAAUGUUGUCGGGACCUUAAUCAGUGAUCAUUUAUUUUGUCAAAAUAUUAAAAGUACCAGUAAAAAAAAAAAAAAAAAAAGCAAAAGGCAAUUUAUUCAUCAAUAACGCCUGCAGGCAUAAGUCUACAUUUGUUUUGUUUAUUUGAGUUUCAUUUUUACACAAUCGACAGUUUUUUUUCUGAGGCAGAUAAACUGUGUUGAUAGCGCUGUUGUAUGCUUAUUACAGUAAAAAAAAAAAAAAAAAAAAAAAAUUAAAUAGCAUUUAAGAUUUCAAGAUUUUUGUUUUGUUUUCAACUUUCUCCAUAAUUUGUGUUUCCUUUAUAAAAUAUAUUUUAUUAUAGCUUGAUACUCAUA